AUGCGAGUGGAGGGACUCCGUAUGGUCGGCGGUAGGACUCUUGCGCAACGCCGUCUUCCGACCGGUGGGUCCUCGAAAACCUCACCCAAUCGGAACGACCCGUUCGCAGAUCCACCGCUUGUGAUGUUUGGGGUACGACUUCCAGACGACAAGAAAGCUCUUUCUGAUGAUGGAAUCGAUGAAAUCUGGAUAGAAACGAAUGGUAUUGAAUGA